GUGUACCCUCUCUAUUUGUGUUUCCGGUAGAGCAUUGCGCAUGCGUGAUGGUUGUGAACCCAAACAUUCCUUGGAUUCGCCUUUUGAAAUUAUCUUAGGACGAAAUAAUGACUUGAAUCACAAACUCCAACAGCAAUGGAUCAGAAGAAGAACAAACCAGAGAGACCAUUUUAUAUUCCUCCUAAAAAUGUACCAACACCAUCAGAAAUAAUAAGUGAUGCUAAGAGAAGUAUAAAAAACCCAAGGUCACUUCCAACAAAGAGGCCAUUUACUCCGAGAGAUGAACGUCGAAGUCUGUUUCCCACGACAACAUGUAGAAAUCCAGAUUCUAGACCCCCCAGUGCAUUCAGCCUUUCAUCCAAACAUUUUGAUGGACCAGAAUCCAGACCUGUUUCAGGGGCCAGGUUAAUACCAUUGGACCAUAAGCCUGGUCUUAUAUCUACGUCUUUUCCUGAAGAAACCCCACAGAUUCUAGACUUGGACAGUUCAGAGAGUACAUCUAGUCCCCUACCUCCAAAACCUCCUACAGACCCUAAUAAAACACAGAGAAAAUAUACCAGGAACAGUCGACUUUACUCUGGAAAUAGUGUGGAGGAGUCAACUAAAACAGUCAAAACCUCAUCACUCACUGACCCGUCAAAACAAGUAAAAUCUCCAGAUUCUGAAGCCCCUAAGAGAGUAAACAGUGGUCCAAGGGAGAGAACUCCAGUAGAGGGUCGAGAUGAAACACAACCUUUACCUCUAGAAGAGAGGGGAGAGGGAGAUGGCAAAGAAAUGCCACACAGAGCACCUAGCUCUGCAGCUGUUAGGAGUCCUCCCAGAAGUGCUGGCAGUAGAGAAGAGAGUAGAGUUGGGAGUGGUGGAAGUAAAAGAACAUCCAGUGCUGGGAGUACUGGCAGAACUGGUAGUGCUGGUAAAAGAGAAGUUGAAGAAACACCUGAGGAAGCUUCAUUUUAUACUGAUCACAUAGCUCCCCUGCUGGAGAAAAUGACUGUCUCCGCUAAAAAGAAAGAGGCAGACCAUGUGGUUAAAUUUACAGAUGAACUUUAUGCCAUACUGCUGAAAGAAAACUUACUGGGCAAGAAUUGUAAACGACGUUCAGUCAUAUUAAAAACUAUUUUCAAAAUAUUAGAUUUGGAUGACCCUAAAGUAUUACUGCGACUUGCUAGACUGAUAUUAAGUUUUAAAGUUAGUGGAAAUAAUUUAACCAGUGUAUGUAAACUUGUAUUCAAAGUCAGUAGAAAUGAGAAGAAUGAUCCACAGUUUCUCAGAGGGGAUAUUUUAGAUUUAUUAUUAGAGACUGUUAGGAACACAGACCCUGUGUCAUCCUCCGAGGCUUUAAUAUACUGUGUUGGGGCCAUCAAGUUUAUGACAGGAAAUACCAAAAUAGUCAAAGAACUAGUCAAAAAGGAUUGCAUAGAGGCAUUAGCUAACUUAUUGAUUGGCAUAAAUAAAACAAACAGAGAAAAUUCCAAACCAAAUGACCAGUUAGGACAUAUAUUAGUUCAAUUAACUGCAGCCAUGAGAAACCUAGCUGAUGCCAGUUCUAGUAGGGAAAGGUUAUUGAACAGUAAAGGGCUGGAAUCUUUAUGUUAUGUUAUAGACACAUAUACUGCUGAUGGAGAUCUCAUGUUAAAUAUAUCACGUAUAUUCAGUAAAGUGACGUUACAUACAGACUGUUGUAUGGCUCUAAUUACACAGCCGUCAGCGUACAAGUCUUUCAUCCAUCUACUCAACAAACAGCAACACAAAGCAGAUGUUGUUGUACGAGUGUGUUUUAUAUUGGGUAACAUGACAGCUAAGAAUGACGAUGCCAGACUUCGCCUUUUUCAGGAGAACAAAUCAAUGGAUGCUUUAUUAGCUAUAAUGAAAUAUUAUUUAGAUCGAGAUAUCAAGAUAAAAUCAAGGGAAAAAGAGAAAGAGACCAGUAAACAGGAUAGCAGUAAAGGCAACGACUGUGAAGAUGUGCUAAUUAAAACUGUACGGGUAGUUGCUAACAUGUCCAUCAAUGAAAUGGUGGGACCAGUAUUAGCAUCAAAUCAACAAUUUGUGGAACUUUUACUUAAUAUAUUAGAAUGUAAAGAUGUACAGUCUAGUGAAGAGUUAUCACUUAAUACUGUGGCUACUAUAAAUAAUUUAUCUUUUUACAACACAAAAACUAGUGCAAUAACAGAUCAGCAAAUGAGAAUUAUAGAGGUUUUACUAAAAAUGGUACUAGCUGAUAAUAUGGAGGCUAUGGUUGAGUCAUCUAGAGUUUUCGGAAAUCUUACUCGACAAAAAUGUGUCAGAGACUAUCUGGUGGAAAAUAAAGUUGAUCAGAUGAUGAUAACAAUGUUAGAUUCUGGAAACAGAGAAGUGGUUUACAUAGCAUGUGGUGUUCUUAUCAACUUUAUGGUGGACGAUGAGAAUAGAUCAGUAUUAAAAAAAGAUGGCGGCAUUGCAAAAUUAGUAGAAGUAUUAAGAGAUUUUGCCAAAACAGACUGGGAGUUAGCCAGUAUGGUGUGUCAAAUCUUGUGGAAUUACAGUGUUAAGAUAACCAGUACUAACUCAUGUUUUGGGGAACAGGAAUCUAAAGAUUUAAAUGAUGUUUUGUUAGAAUUAUUAGACAGAGAAUGUGCAUUUGAGGACUUAGACGAAGAAGAUGAGGAGAUGAAACAUUUUUUCCACGAUACCUGGUCUGAAGACUUCUGUCCUGUUGCUACACAGUUACUACAGAGAAUGGAAUCUUACUCCUCAGACUUAGAACCAAUCGAGAGUCCCUCAGAAUCGUGAUAAAUAAUCUGUUUCAAACCAUGUUAAUGUGUUCAGCUUUUAAAGAAACCGUCCAUUUUAUUUAUAUCACUGUUUACAUAGAAGUAAAGACUUAAAGUCAGUUGUGUGUCAUCAUUCAGAACAGGAUUUUAUUGGACUAAAUUACUGGUAUUUGUUAUUUUCAAAUAUUUCUUGUUUGAAAAAUAUCUCUCAAGUUGCUGCAAACACCAUAUUUUGAAUUAGAUCAAGAGACAUGUUUGUCUUAAAAGAGUAGAUAAAGAAAAUGAGACCACUACAGUAAAAAGUCAAAGUUUCCAAGCACUGCUGUGUAUAUCAUAAUUGCUGAAGUCACAUCAAGGGUAGCUUCUCACAUGACUAAGGAUGUAGUGCUGGUAGAUUUUUAACCAAUUUUGUAGUCAUAAAAACAUUACCUGAUAUAGCAUCUUUAUAAAAGAUUGCAUUCUAUCUAGAAAUCUUUAUAAUUUAAUUGAGAUAAAUCCUCUUGUGAAUGAUUAACAUAUGUAACAUUGUUGUAGACAAAGGUAAUGUUAUAAUAUAAGUGCUUAAUUUGUGUACUGAAAUACUGUUUGGUGACAGUAGGGACAUUGUAGGUAACAUCUAUGUGAAUAAUACAAGAUGUAUGACAAAAAUUUCGUUCAUUCCAUAAAUCAACUCAUCAAGCUCUCUAUUAAAGAGUGCAAGAACUCAUGAGACAAGUAAUUAUAGAAUUGAUUGUAAAUUCAUUGAAACUAUUGUGUCUAAUUUGUUUAUUUUCGAUUUCAACAGUGAAACUAAAUUAGACAUUAGUAAAAGUCUUGCCUAACCAUGAAGAGGUUUAUGGUGAUGUGUGGCAUUUUCUGGUAACAUUUUGUUUCUGGGUUGAUGUUGCAAACAAUGAGUGAGUUAUUAUAUUACUUUCUUAUAGAAAAUAGCUUCCCCAGCCCACUUAUUGUUCCCAUAACCAAAGCAAAAUGACAGCCAAGAUUUAUAAGAAUUUACAGAAAUUUAAAAAUUCCACUCACCUUAACUGGCAAUGUUUCCUGUAGAUGCCUGCUUAUUAGUUGCCAAGAUUUAGUGUGUAUGAACCUAUUACGGUUAUUGCAGUUCAUAUUGUUUGCCAAGAUGCAGUGUGAAAGAACCUAUACUAGUUGUAAGUUUUUUCUUUGUUGUAGUUUGAGUGAUAAGUUGUUGUUUAUUUUUUUAUAAAUCAGUAUUUUUACCAUCUUGUUAUUUGUACAUAAUAUAUAUGUAGCACAUAUAAAACUAUUUAUUCUAUUAUGUACAUAUAUGUAUAGAAAUUUUAUUUAUAAACAUUGUAUAGAUACAUUGUAAAUUUUUAUGAAGAACAAAAAACCAAGAACAUGCACCUUUAGUAGUAGUACAUAGAUGUUAAACCAAUUUGUGUCGGAACACAUACACUUUGUUCAGUAUUUUGUUAGUUAACAGACAAAUGUCAGCCAGGUGAAAUGUGACUAAAAUUAUAUUUGUAAAAUUUCGAAAAAAUGAUAAUUAUCUGGACUUAGUAUAAAUGUUGUUAUAACUCAAAAUCUGUAGUUUGUGAAAAAUUCCCCAAGAUGUAUCUAUAGAAAUAUGCCCAAACAUCUUCUCACUGCCCUUAAAUUUUAGUCCAACAUCAUAUAUACAUCCAUCAUUUGUUUAUUUCAUACAGGUCAAUUUUAUAAUGUCAUCAAUUGAACUCCCUUGGUGCUGAUCAAAUUAAACCAAGUAGACUACUACACAUUGCCUAUUGUAUGUUAUAGCCAUAUAAAGCUCUUUGUAUGUAAAGUCAGCAUGAAAAACUAUGGAUUGCACCUCAUCUUUAAAUUCAAGGUUGGCUAUAUAUAAGAGAGGAUUUCUUUGGUAUAUAUAUUGACUGCAUAAGAGUCUACAUUUUUUUUUCUAAAGAACUCUGAAGUCCUUCAAAGUUAAUAUAAGGAUGUUUCAACUUUCAGACAAACUGUACUAACUGGUCAAACCAAAUUAAUUUGUAAUUAGUAUGUCAACUGUGCCAUUUGAUGUUAUACAGUUAUAACAUACUGAUAAAUUAGAAUGUAGAUAUAAUAUAGACAGAUUUAAUAGGGAAAUCUCUUACAAACCUGCCAUUAAUUAUUAAACAUCUUUGUUGUAUAGUGAUAGAGAUUUAUCAGAUGAAUAAAGGAGAUUGUAAAGGAUUUUAAUAUUCAAUAUGUUCCUCAUCUAAAUUGUAUAUUUCUAUUGAAAUAUAUAAAGAAAAUUAUCUCAUCAUUGCAAAUUGCCAUUUGAAUUCACUUUUGUGGGAUUCUUCCAAUACAAUAUAUGUUAGUUGUAUUAUAUUUCAUUAUUAUUGUUAACAAUAAACAAAAGCUUUCUCUCAAAAUAAUGAAAAUAAUAGGUAUCCAUCUAAGCUUCUGAAUAAUUUGCUCGAUUUUCUGUUGUAAUUGAUUUGUUACAAUGAAUGAUCAGUUCAAAGCUCACGUUAAAUGAAUAUUAGAUUCUCACCUAGGGACUUCAUAAAGAAUUUUGACACAAAUAGUUGCACAUUGUGUGGAAUUGAUAUGUUGAUUAUCAAAAAAAAAAAGAUGUGUAAUGGUAGUCUAAAAUUCUAAAUAAUAAAUAAAAUAUUUUUGAUCAUUUUAAGUUUUAUAUUAUGUUGUCAAUUCAGUCUAUUAAAGAUAAAACAUGUUGUUCAGCUUUUACGGGGUGAUUCUGGCCAAGUGGCCUAAGUACAUGUAGUUCAUCUUUUUUGAAAAUUGCACAUGCUACUCGAACAUAAUUUUAACAUUCUAAACAUUGUUUCAUUUUCACAUGUAUUUAAAGAACUUUUGUUACCUUUUUUUUAAAAUUAAUUUGUCAAGUUGAAAACAUGACAUUGAUGAUCAAAAAUUUCAAUCACAAAAGUAUGUAGAUACCUCAAGUUGGGCAUUUGUUUCUAAACUGAUUGCAAAAAGAUCUAACAAAAAUGUGUUUAUAAAAGUGACAAAAAUACUGUAAAUUCAAAACUACUGUCUGCAUUUAAUAUUAAGAAUUCCAUGUUUCCUCCCCAUGUACAUGAUGUAUGUGUAUGAGUGAUAUACAUAUUGAAGUGUUAUGUUUUAGUGUAUACUUGCUAUGAUUGUUUUUAUUUAGUUGCUCACAGAGUUAACAUUCCACAAUGUAUAACUAUAAUACUGCUUUGGAGAAGCAGAAUAAAAUUGGAAAAUA